AUGCAAUUAUCACGUGUAUUACCAGGACCACCAUCGUUACCAUUAAUUGGAAAUGCACAUUUAUUUCGUGGUAAUACUGAAGCGAAUAAAUUUCCAAGUCCGUUUAAACUAUGGUUGUCGUAUAGAUUUUUCACUGUGAUUUAUAAUCCAAAUGAUAUUGAGACAGUUUUAAAUAAGGCUUUAGAAAAGGAUCCAAUUUAUGCUCUUACUCGACCAUGGACUGGAACCGGAUUAUUUGCUGCUCCAGUACCAAAAUGGAAAGCACAUCGUAAAGUUAUUCAACCAACAUUUAAUACAAAAGUGUUGGAUAGUUUUAUGGAUGUAUUUGCAAUACAAAGCGAAAUUUUGGUGAAAAUAUUGGAAAAACAAUUGGAUAAAGGCUACUUUGAUGUGUUUAAUUUUAUGAGUCCUUGUACGUUGGAUAUCAUUUGUGAAACAGCAAUGGGCUACAAAAUUUCAGCACAACAAGGUGGAAAUACAAAAUAUGUGCAUUGUGCAUUGAGACAAUUGAAAAUCGAAUUUUUACGGAUGAGCAAAGUGUGGUUACAGCCAAAUAUUAUUUUUAAAUUUACAAAAUUAGCUAGAGAACAAGAAGAAAAUGUUAAAUAUUUACAUAGCAUUACGAAUACUGUGAUCCAGCGCAAAAUUGAAGAUUAUAAGCAACGCAAACAAAAUGAGCUUAACAAUAAUAAAAUUGAGGUUCCUGAUUACAGCGAUAAUGAUACCAGUAGUGGUUAUUCCAAACGAAAAGCAUUUUUGGAUUAUUUAAUUGAGUUGGCAGAAGAUGGACAUAAAUUUUCUGAAACUAGUUUACGAGAGGAAGUUGAUACAAUGAUGAUUGCGGGAAAUGAUACUACAGCGUCUGUGAAUAGUUUCGUUUUGAUGAUGUUAGGAAUUCAUCAAGAUAUUCAAGAAAAAGUAUACGAAGAAAUCUAUAACAUUUUUGGAGAUUCCGAUCGACCAUGUACAAAUGAGGAUGUAAAACAAAUGCCAUAUCUUGAGAUGGUGAUUAAGGAAACGUUACGACUUUUUCCACCAGGCGUUGUAAUUAUGCGUUAUGUAACCAGAAGUUUACAAUUAGAAAAAUAUACAAUACCAAAAGGUGCUGGAACAAUUAUAACAAUAAUGCAUACACAUCGAUUACCAGAUAUUUGGCCUGAUCCAUUAAAGUUUGAUCCAAAUCGAUUUUUACCUGAAGAAUGUGCUAAACGACAUCCAUAUUCAUUUUUACCAUUUAGUGGAGGACCUAGAAAUUGUAUAGAGACAAAUCUUGGAGAGAAAAUGGAUUUUCAGAAAAAAGAUUAUUCAAAAUAUAUUGAUUAUUCGUGCAAAAUAUUAACAGCUUUAGUUCAAUGGAUGGGAAAAGUAUGGCUUCAUCCAAAUUUCAUUUUCAAAUUUUCAUCAAUUCGAAAAAAAAUAGAUUUUUAUCGAGAAUAUAUUCUAUCGACUUCGAAACGAAUUAUUCGUGAAAGAACUAUCGAAAUUCAAGAACAACGAAACUAUGAAAAAGGAAAUCAAGCACAGAAGCCAUUUUUAGAAAAUUUAAUUUUGGCUAAGGAAAAUGGAGCUAGUAUUUCGGAUUAUAAUAUCCAAUGUGAAGUGAAUACGCUAAUUGUGGCUGGCAGUGAUACAACAGCGAAUGUAAUGUGUUACGUUUUUAUGUGUUUGGGAGUUCUUCAAGAUAUUCAGGACAAAGUUUACGAAGAGUUGUAUAGUGUCUUUGGAGAUUCUGAUCGCGAGUGCACAUUAGAUGAUAUAAAAUUAUUGUACUACCUAGAAAUGGUUAUUAAAGAAACAAUGCGACUUUUUACACCUGUGCCAAUGUUAGCCAGAAAUAUUACUCAAAAUAUAAAAAUACAAUCGGUAACAUUACCUCCUGGAACAAAUUGUGUUAUUGGUGUAUUACAAAUGCAUCGAUCUCCAGAAAUUUAUCCAGAUCCAUUGGAAUUUGAUCCAAGUCGAUUCACACCGGAGGAAAUUGCAAAACGACAUCCCGCAUCGUUUAUACCAUUUGGUGCUGGACCAAGAAAUUGUGUUGGUCAAAAAUUUGCUUAUAUGUCAAUGAAAAUAAUUUUAUCUACUGUACUAAGAAAAUAUCGUGUUUAUUCCGAUGUGGAUUUGAAAAAUAUUGAUUUACAAAUGGAAAUAUUUUUAAAACCUGUAAAUGGAUAUCGAGUUCGACUAGAGCCCAGAAACCAAUCGUAG